ACAGAAGAUAAAAUUAAAAAAAAUAAAAUAAAAAUAAUUAAAUGUCAAAAUAAAUAAACAACAACAAAAACAACGAAAAAUCGAAUUGAAAUAACGGUUUUGUUAUAAUCAUCUGUUGAACGAAAAUACAAUUAUUGGAUUCUCUCUUAUAUUUAUUCAUAAUAUAUGCGUUCGUAUUUACAGUUUAAUUUCAGCAAAUAGAAUUUAAAAAACAAAAAAUAAAAAUAUAAAAUUAAAUAAUAUAGAAAAGUGAAUUAAGAAUUUCAACAAAUAAAAUUAAGAAAAAAAUUAAAAAUAAAAUUAAGAAAAAAAUUAAAAAUAAAGUUAUAAAAAGAGAGAAAAUUUUUAAUAAAUAAUAUUUUUAUUCACACAUAUUUUGUUCGUGUGAGUUUGCGUGUGUAUUUUAAUAAAAAAAAAAUAUUUUUGUGAUUUUUACAGUUAAAUCGACUGAAUUUGUUUUUGUACCGUUAGUAAAUAGUAUACAGUUAAUUGUACGGAUCGUUUUUUUUUUGUCGUAGGGCUCAUUAUAAGUUCAUCCGAGUAUUUAAGGAUUCUUACAUUUUCUAACGUUAUAAAUAAUAAAUGUAAUAAGAAGAUAGAAUAUUACAAAAUACAAAAAUUACAAAAAAAAAAAAAAAAUUGCGAAAAUUAUUGAAAAAAUAAAUAAAACGAAAAUUAAUAAGAUCAUUGCAUAAUAAAAAUAGAAAAAUUUUUGUAAAUCAAAUAAAGUGCUUAAUAAAAUUUCAAUAUUUAUUUCUAAUAAUAUUGAUAAUUAAUAAAGAAAAGAAUGCCAGAUACACAUUUUUUUGUUGAAAAAGAUAAGGGACCAUCUCAUAUUAAACGAGCCAGUACCGAUAAAUUACGUGAAGUUUUUUUAAAAUAUGCUUCAGUUCAUAAAGAUGAUGAAGAUUUUAUGACCAGUGAGGAUUUUGUACGACGUUAUUUAGGAUUAUUUAACGAACAAUCAUUUAAUGAAGAGUCUGUUCGAUUAUUGGCUGGUAUAGCAGAUACAAGUAAAGAUGGACUUAUAUCAUUUUCAGAAUUUCAAGCAUUUGAAGGAUUAUUAUGUACACCAGAUGCUUUAUAUAAAACUGCAUUUCAAUUAUUUGAUAGAAAAGGAAUGGGAAAUGUGACAUAUGAGGAUUUUGUUGAAGUCAUAGAAAAAACUGAAUUGCAUUCAAAGAUACCUUUUGAUUUGAACGGUCCAUUUAUUAAACGUUACUUUGGUACUAAUAAACAACGAGUAAUUAAUUAUGCAGAAUUCAGUCAGCUCUUACACGAUUUUCAUGAAGAAUAUGCAAUGGAAGCAUUCCGUAAAAAAGAUCCAGCUGGUACUGGAUACAUAUCACCAUUAGAUUUUCAAGAUAUUAUGAUCAAAGUUAAAAGGCAUUUAUUGACAACAGAUGUUAAAGAUAAUUUAGUAGCUGUAACUGAAGGUCAUAAAGUUAGUUUUCCAUAUUUCAUGGCAUUCAAUUCAUUAUUAAAUAAUAUGGAAUUAAUAAAAAGAAUAUAUUUAAAUGCAACACAAGGAAAUCGCUUAGAACCUGUUACAAAAGAUGAACUAUUGUAUUCAGCCCGUACAAUGAGUCAAAUUACGCCAUUAGAAAUCGAUAUUUUGUUUCAAUUAACUGGUGCUUUACAGCAUUCGGGUUGGUGGAAACGCAAAAAGGUUGAUCACAAUAGGAGAAUCAUAUACAGUGAUUUAAGCAGUAUUGCACCCGAACAUUAUACUAAAGUAAUAACAACUCGUUUGGCUGAUGUAAAGGCUGUGGAUUCGGCUGAUGAUCGUACAAUUUUAAUUCAAGCUCUGGAAAGCGUUUAUCGGUUUACCCUUGGUUCGAUUGCUGGAGCUGUUGGUGCUACUGUGGUGUAUCCAAUUGAUUUAGUUAAAACUAGAAUGCAAAAUCAACGUACUGGAUCAUUUAUAGGAGAAAUUGCUUAUAAAAACUCUGUGGACUGUUUUAAAAAAGUUGUUCGACAUGAAGGUGUUUUAGGUUUAUAUCGUGGUUUAUUACCGCAACUGAUGGGUGUUGCACCCGAAAAAGCUAUAAAACUGACAGUUAACGAUUUUGUACGUGAUAAGUUAUCUCCCAAAAACGGUACACUACCUGUUUGGGCUGAAGUAGUUGCGGGGGGUUGUGCUGGUGCAUCUCAAGUUGUUUUCACAAAUCCUUUAGAGAUUGUUAAAAUUCGAUUACAGGUUGCAGGGGAAAUAGCUGGAGGUUCCAAAGUUCGAGCCUUAAGUGUUGUCCGCGAUUUAGGACUGUUUGGUUUGUAUAAAGGAGCUAGAGCUUGUCUUCUGCGUGAUGUACCUUUCUCUGCCAUUUAUUUUCCAACAUAUGCACAUACAAAAGCUGCCCUUGCUGAUGAAGAUGGUUAUAAUCAUCCUUUAUCAUUAUUAGCUGCUGGUGCUAUUGCAGGUAUACCAGCAGCAUCUUUAGUAACACCAGCUGAUGUUAUUAAAACAAGAUUACAAGUUGUUGCCAGAACAGGACAAACUACAUAUACUGGAGUACUUGAUGCUACAAAAAAGAUUUUGGUAGAAGAAGGUUUCAGGGCAUUUUGGAAAGGCACUGUUGCUCGUGUGUUUCGUUCAUCGCCACAAUUUGGUGUUACUCUAGUAACUUAUGAAAUUCUUCAGCGCUUAUUCUAUGUCGACUUUGGAGGUUCACGUCCGACUGGUUCUGAUUAUAAGAGUGUCCAUGUUGAAGUGCCAGCUUUACCAAAAAUGAAUGUCGAUCACAUUGGUGGUUAUCGCGCUGCUAUACCAAUGUUGAAUGGUAUUGAAACAAAAUUUGGUUUAUGUUUGCCAAGAUUUGGAACGAAAAUUCCAGAAAAAUCAUGAUGAUCAUGAUGAUAUUGACUAUUUUAAAAUAAUUAUUUUUAUAAUUUUAAUAUAGAGCCUUAAACAAAGAAAACCAUGUGAAACUAUUAAAGCCGUAAACAAUGAAAAAAAAAACAAAACAAUUGUAAUGAAAUCAUUGUAAUAAAUUAAAUUGAAUAAUAUAGUGGAAAAAAAUAUUUAAUCUUAAGUAGAAAAAUGGUUAUAAAUUUGUUGAUAUUCAAAAUAAAAAAA